CGGAUGGCUGGAUUCAGAGCAAAACCAUAUGGCCACAGUUUGCCACUGGAUGUUUUUCCCGUCCUCGUUACUGGUAGUUUCUGAUGCAAGGUCCUUUUUUAUUUGUUUUCGACUCAUUUUGAUCAAACUCUGUGUUGGAGCGGGAAUUAUUCUUUUGGAAUGAGUGAAGUAAUGAAGCACUUCGAGAGACUUCCUGGCCCACUGCUCUUUUUGAUGACUCUGGUUUCUCUCAGUCUGGGCACCAGAUUCAUCUUGCUGAUCUCCAUGCCCAACACCUCCAUUCCUUUCAGUACUGGACGGAUUGGGGCUGGAGCUCUUAUCGCUAUCAGUUCUGUAAACAGCAGUCCGGACCUUCUGCAAGGUCAUCAUCUGGAUUACCAUUAUGUGGAUGAUGAAUGCAAUGAUCUACGUGGCCCAGGGAAAAUUGCGGCACUUUACCAUAAACACAAAUACAGUGCUUUCAUCGGACCAUCUUGCUCGAAUGUCUGUGCAGUGACUGCUAAACUAGCAGCUUAUUGGAACAUUGCUGUCAUCAGUCCUAUAUGUGCAGAUCAACAAUUUCUAGAUAAGAAGGCCUAUCCAACCUUAACAAGAGUGUUUGGACCUUUCACUAAACUAGGGUCUUUCUUUGUGGAAAUCUGCAAGCGGUUUGGCUGGCAGCGCAUCGGCAUUAUCUAUGACAAUAAACCAUCCUGGGCUAUUCCUGUUGAGGGGAUCAGGUAUCAAGCAGAGCACAAUAACAUUACAGUGGCCAAGUAUCAAGAAAUCCAUGGCUCUCUCUUCCAAGGGUCCUUGUCGACCUGGUCCUGGGUCUUAACUGAGGUGGCACAAGUCUCUCGCAUUAUUGUGAUAUCAGCACAUGGCAAGGUGGUCCGCAGUUUGCUAAUUGAAGCUCACAAGAAAGGCCUCACCAACGGAGAUUUUGUUUUCUUUUGUUUCGAGCCAUAUAAGCAAAAGGUGUUAUUUGGCAGUUUUGACUGGAAACAAGGUGAUGGAUAUGACUCAGUGGCCAGGCAAGCUUAUCAGGCUCUGUUUUUCCUGUCUCUGUAUAAACCCAGUGAUAAACUGUAUCAGGCCUUUUCAGAGAAUGUAAUCAGCAGAUCCAAAAUAGACUUCGGCUAUACAUAUGCUUCUAAUGAACAGGUGUCAUUCCUUGCAGCCAUAGCCCAUGAUAGUGUCUGGCUGUAUGCCCAGGCAUUAAACGAAACUUUGGCAGAAAAUGGAAACCCAUAUGACGGUUUAGCCAUGACUAGACGAAUGUGGAACAGGACCAUUACAGGUAUCCAAGGAGAUGUAACUAUUGAUGCAAGUGGAGAUCGUGAGUUAAAUUACAUGAUGAAACAAAUCCAAGGUAGUAAUAACCAGUGUCAGGUCAUUGCGAACUAUUUUGGGACUUAUAAGGCAGUACAGGGGCUUCACAUCAAGUGGCCUGGAGGACGGACAUCUCCUCCCAAAGACUCUCCAGAUUGUGGCUUUCAUGGAGAACUCUGCAUCAAUCUAGAGAGAAAAUUCUUGAUUGCCUUAGGGAUUAUUGUUGGCUUGGUGGCUGCUGGGACCCUUGCAAUCUGUUCUUUAUACAGGAAGUUCAAACUCCAGGAAGAAGCUUCCAAAAUGCUGUGGACUGUCAAUGCUGCUGAUGUCAUAAUGAUGGAGCAUCACUCCUCAACUGUGCCAGCAAAGUCUCACAGAUCCAAACCCAUUCAGGCUUCUUUGGAGUCUAUAAUUUGCAGCAUGCAGGACAAGCCAUCAGCACACAGAACCGCAGUCUACAAAGGGACAAUUUGUACUGUUUGCUUUCUGAAUUUAAGAAACCCUCACCUGAGCAGCAAGCUCCUGGCGGAACUCAAACAGUGCAGAGAUUUGACCCACUAUAACCUUUGUAAAUUUAUUGGAGCGGUUCUGGAGACCCCUCAGCCCUUCAUUCUUACAGAGUACUGCCCUAAAGGAAGCCUGCAGGACAUUUUGAAGAAUGAGUCUAUCAAGCUGGACUGGACUUUCAAACUUUCCCUCAUGCUAGACAUCGUAAAGGGUAUGGACUAUUUGCACCAUAGUCCCCUGCACUUUCACGGUCACCUCUCAUCAACAAGCUGUGUGGUGGACAGCCGCUUUGUCCUGAAGGUCACUGAUUUUGGACUUAAUGUACUCAGGCGUUCAGACUCAGAGAAGUGUCCCGGAUUUGACCACUGGACCGCUCUGCUGUGGAGGGCACCAGAGCUACUGAGGCAGUCCAUUCCAGCUAAUGGUACACAAAAAGGGGACAUCUACAGUUUUGCCAUUAUCGCUCAAGAGGUAGUAUAUCGUAGAGGGCCUUUCUACAUCCCCAACUGUCACUUCAGUGCUAGAGAGAUUGUGGAGAGGGUCAGGGCAGGGGGCUGUAGCCCACUGAGGCCUCACAUAGACCCAGCAGAGGGUGUAGAGGAACUGGAGGGAAUCAUGGUCAGCUGCUGGAGAGAAAAACCUGCAGAGAGACCAGAUUUUUCUUUUCUCAGGACUGCCAUCAAAAAACUGUUUCCUAAUGGGGGGUCUGAGAACAUUCUGGAUAACCUGCUGUCCCGUAUGGAGCAAUAUGCGUGUAAUCUGGAGGAGAUAGUCAGUGAACGUACCGCUGAACUCCAGGAAGAGAAGAAGCGAGCGGAGGGACUGCUCACGCAGAUGUUGCCACGAUGUGUAGCUGCUCAGCUCAUAGCGGGAAAGACAGUGAGAGCAGAGACCUACGACUGCGUCACCAUCUAUUUCAGUGACAUUGAAGGCUUCACAGCCAUGUCAGCAUCCCUCACGCCAAUGCAGGUAGUGAACGUGCUGAAUGACCUGUACACAUACUUUGACAAUAUCAUUGACAACCACAAUGUCUAUAAGGUAGAAACCAUUGGCGAUGCCUACAUGGUAGUGUCGGGCCUGCCUACAAGAAAUGGAGACGACCAUGUAAAAGAAAUAGCAAGAAUGUCGUUAGCUAUAGUGCAGGGCAUGAGGAGCUUCUACAGUCCACAUAUACAAGAGCAGCAGCUGAGGGUCCGCAUUGGAGUUCAUUCAGGGCCAUGUGUCGCAGGGGUUGUGGGUCUGAAAAUGCCACGCUACUGUUUAUUUGGAGACACUGUGAACACUGCCUCCAGGAUGGAGACAUAUGGAUUACCACUGAGGAUCCAUUUGAGCAGUUCCACCAAGUCUCUCCUUGACACUUUCAGGACUUUCCGCUGUGAACUGCGAGGUGACAUCCACAUAAAGGGAAAGGGCUGGGUGAGGACAUACUGGCUUUUGGGAGAGGACUACUAAACCAGAUG